CCCCCGCCACAUUCGACUGGGUCUCAACACAGCAUUACAUAUACUUUGUAGCUAGCAAGGCCAUAGAACAGCGCUGCGUGCUGGGGUUUUUAAUCAUUCUCUCGGCAUUUCGUUCGUCCAGUGUCUCAGCUCACCACGAAGCAACUAACAUCUUAUCUGAUACGAAUUGUGUAUAGAGACAUACGGGGCGAAACUAUGGAGACACACGCGUUACAGCGCGCAACAGGACCGGCGCGUCCACGCUUGGCCUCUCGCCGGGCUAUUCCCGGCGGCGCUAUGGGUUUUCAUCUGUGUCGCUCGACGUUUAUGACACCGCUCGGCGAAACUCGGAUGCGGCCAGCACCCGCAGCUUCGCUUGGCCGCAAGCAAGUUCGAGUGCGCGCUAGCGCAAUGGCAGAGGUUAUCCACAUCUCUGAUACCUGGAUCAUGGCUGGUAGCGCCGCGCUUGCUCUCUCCGUCCCCGUUGCGCUUGGGUCUGUAAGCGCGGGAAGGGUCCAGUCGGUGAGCCCCUCGGACGCAUCCAUCCUGUUGGCCAGCAGCGGCAACAUCAAACUGGUGGACGUGCGCUCGCGGCUCGAGGUGAAGAUUGAGGGACUGCCGCUCUCGCGCCAGAUGCGCAAGGCGCGCGUCAUUCACGCGCCAUUCAACGAGCUGCGCGGCGGCAAGCUGCGCCCCGUGCCCUCCUUCGUGGACGACAUCCUGUUCGCGCCGGGCGUGAGCGACCAGACCACCUUCAUCGUCAUCAGCUCUCGCGGCAGCGAGACAUGCCGCCGCGCCGUGGCUGCCAUCAGCCAGGUGGGCAAGCACGACAUCUACACCGUGGAGGGGGGCUUCAGGGCCUGGCAGGCCGCGGGUCUGGACACCGAGUCCGCCGCGCUCAUGAGCGGCGAGUUCGACGACGCCGGCGGCGGCAGUGUGCUGGGUGGCAGCGACGAGGAGGCAUACGACUACUACGGCGACGGCAGCAGCAGCGGCAGCAGCACCAUGACCAGCGUGGAUGUGAGCCGCCGCAGCGCGCGUGCGGGCUCGGGUGGGGGCGCGGGCGCGGGCGCGGCGGCGAUGGGCGUGGAGGAGAUGUAUCUGGACGGGGCGCUGGCGGGCGCCGGCAGCAGCGGCCCGCUGGCGGCGCUGACGGCGGCGGUCAGCCGCAUCCCCUUCAAGCCCAAGCUGCUGGACGUGCUGAAGGAGGGCUACACGGCCGCGGACUUCAAGCGUGACGCCAUGGCGGGCCUCGUGGUGGGUGUGAUUGCGCUGGCUCUGGGCAUGGCGCUGGGUAUCGCCUCCGACAGCACGCCCGCCGUGGGUGUCUACACGGUCGUGGUGGGCGGACUGCUGGCCUCGGGUCUGUCUGGCUCGCGUGUCACCAUCGUGGGCCCCACCGCCGCCUUCAUCCCCAUCGUGGCGGGCGUGGCGCAGCACUACGGCCCGGGCGGUCUGGCGGCCUGCACCGCCAUCGCGGGCGCCCUACUCAUGGCCAUGGGGGCCACGGGCAUGGGCGGCAUCAUCCGCUACGUGCCCAAGCCGGUGGUCACGGGCUUCACCGCCGGCAUCGCCACCUACAUCUUCAGCACGCAGCUCAAGGACUUCCUGGGCCUGGGCGCGCCGGGGCGGCUGCCGGAGGGCGUGCCCGUGCCCACCGAGUUCCUGGAGAAGGUCAUCUACCUGGGCAGCCAUCUGGACGCCACGCACGUGCCCUCCCUGGCCAUGGCCACGGGCUGCCUGGUGGCCAUCAAGGUGUGGCCCAAGGAGUGGGCCAAGGUGGUGCCUCAGCCCAUCAUGGCCAUCACUGCCGGCACACUGGCGCUGCUGGGGCUGCAGGCGCUCAACCCCGGCGUGGACCUGGGCAUCGAGACCAUUGGGUCGCACUUCGGCAGCGGCGCCAUCCCGCAGUCGCUGCCCGCGCUGCAGUGGCCCGACGGCCUCACCAUGGAGACGCUGCCCGGCCUCAUCUACCCCGCCACCACCAUUGCGCUGCUGGCGGCCAUUGAGUCGCUGCUGUGCGCGCGCGUGUCGGACGGCAUGAUCGGAGACAGGCACGACUCCAACACCGAGCUGAUCAGCCAGGGUGUGGCCAACAUCGCCUGCGCCGCCUUCGGCUGCCUGCCCGCCACCGGCGCGCUGGCCCGCACAGCAGCCAACGUGCGCGCCGGCGGCCGCUCGCCCGUGUCCGGCCUCGUGCACGCCGCCGUGGUGGCGGCGGUGGUGCUGGCGGGCGCGGGGCCGCUGGCGGAGAACAUCCCGCUGCCGGCGCUGUCGGCGGUGCUGGUCAUCGUGGCGGUCAACAUGGGCGAGUGGCACAACUUCACCGACCUGCCCAAAUGGCCCAAGAACGACAUGCAGCUGUUCCUAAUCGCCUUCAGCCUCACAGUGCUCAUGGACGUGGCUGUGGCGGUGACCUUCGGUAUGGCCAUCGCGCUGGCCAUCUUUGUGCAGGACGUGUCUGCCACCAUGUACGUCCGCGCGCUGCCGCCGCGCUCCAUCAUCACCCCGCCCGACCACGAGCUGCCGCUGCUGCCCGGCGAGCUGGCGGCCGGCGGCGCCGAGGCGCCCGCCUCGCCCGACCCCUACCGCCGCUCCAGCCGGCGGCGCGCCUACGCCGGCGGCAGCAGUAGCCAGGAGGACGAAGACCCCGUCGAGGGCCCGCAGCCCACCGCCGCGCCCGCCCUGGCGACGGCUGCCGCCGGCGGCGCCGUGGCUGUGGCGCCUGCCGGUGCAGCCGCCGCCGGCGGGCUGCUGCUGAGCGCCGCCGCCGCCGCCGCCAACCCCGCCGCCGCCGCCGCCGCGGGCUACCUGUCGGUGGUGCCCGCUGGCGUGGUGUACGUCGAGGUGACUGGCUCGCUGCUGUUCGGUGCGGGUGAGAUGCUGGAGAAGGCCGUGGCGGCCACACACACAGCCGACCCCGUGCAGGUGCUGGUGUUGAACCUGUCGCGUGUGCCGGUGGUGGACGUGUCGGGUCUGGAGGUGCUGGAGGAGUCGGCGGCGGAGCUGGAGCGCGCCGGCAAGGGGCUGGUGGUGUGCGGCCUCACGCGGCAGCCGCUGCGCAUGAUGGCGCGUGCGGGGUUCCUGGACAUGGUGGGCCGCGAGAACGUGUGCCGCGGCGUGCAGUCGGCUCUGGACCGCGCCGCCGCCAUCGUGGCCGCCAAGCGCGCCGCACACAAGGCCGCGGAGGCCGGGCUAGACGUCAACGCAACCGCCGUUAACGGUCACAACGGUCACAACGGUAACGGCUCGCACGGCUCCAAGCUGCGCGUCGCGACGGGCGCGAACGGCCGCGCCGCGGCCGCGGGCGCCGCCGCCACCGCGGCGGCGGCGGCGUCCGUCGCCGCCGCUCCGACGGCGGCGGAGGUGGCGCAUGCGCGCGGCGGCGGCACUGCGGCGCACGUGCGCCACAUGAUAGGAGGUGGCGGCGGCUCCUUCGGCGGCUCCAUUGACCUCGACCCGGCGCCGGUCGCCCCCGCCUCCGCACCAACCACCAACGGCCACGUGGACGGCUACUCCAUCGCCGGUAUCUUCAGCUCCCUGGCCGGCGGCGCAGCCGCCCCAUCCUCCUCCUCCUCCUCCAGCUCCUCUGCUGCUGCCGGCGCCGGCGGCGCCGGCCCUGCUGCAGGCGCCGCCGCGGGCUCGGGCGAGGACCUGGAUUGGGCGACGUGGGCGGCGGCGGCUGUGCCCAAGGGCGUUCAGGCCAGUGCGGCGGGCGGGCGACUGCAGGACACUGGUCUGGUGUCCAGCGGCGCCUCCGCCAGCGCCAGCAGCAGCCUGGAGAGCGCGGACGAGCCGCCGGUGCCCAAGGCGUGAAGCGCCCUGGCUAGCCGUGAAGGGCCGUGGAGGGGGGCCAGGCGUGAAGGGCGAGGUGUGAAGGGUGGGACGCGCAGGGCCAGGCGUGAGGCGGGAGACGACGUGGAAGGGGAGGAGCGGGGAGGAGGCGGGAGGGGCGGGGGCGGCGCGUUGGCUGCCCUCGGCGCGGCUUUGGGGUUUAGGUGGCGGGCGCAACGGACGAGGGCACAAGACGCCUCUGCAUGGAUCGAUGUUUCUUGGAUUCUGUAUGUUGGGCUCAUAUGUCGGGAAGGGGUCACCCAACACACAGGUUGAGUGUCUGCAUGUGAGACUGGUCAUUUUAUGCUUCUGGUAUGGUUGCGCCCGGAAGCUGGACCGGUGGUGAGAAUCUUGACCACAGCUUUACUUAUACCACAUGCCGGUACGGCGUGGGCGAGUGUGACCCAUUGCGAACACCCCUGGCGUGCACUGACAUGUGAUUUGACCGCACUACUAUUGAGUAAUGGUGUGGUGGUUGUGUGUGACAGCGCAUUAACGUCAUUUGUCAGGACUGAUACCAGCAACCGGAGGGCGUGCGGGGAUUACCGUCUGUUUUGCUCUUAGUCAUUGAUUCAUAGAUAGCUGCACGCAGCGCCUCAUUUCUGGGCGCGUGGGCAGCAGAUCUGGGGGUCUGCCUCACGCGCCAUGCAUACGGCUUGUCGCGAACUGCCGAAGACGCGACAACACCAGUCUGCCUUAUACGAUAUUGUAGCAAUGACGGUGAGAACUAAAAACAUCAUGUGUUCUGGGAAAUUGUGCAUCGUGCCACGGUAGCACUGGACGCGAGCGGUGAUUGGCCUGACGCAGAGACAGGAAGUUGGUGGAUGGGGCCCCACGCGUGUUCCUAGUGCGGUGGUACUGAACUGGGGUGUGGAGGAGGCCGCUCGACUUCCCGUGUCGCCCCCGUGACUUAACGGCGCCGUAAUCUAAUGACACAGCGUGGAAAUCAUAACACGCAUUAUAUGAGCUGCUGAUUGAGACGGUGUGAGGCGGUAAGAGAGGCGGGAAGAGGUAAAUUGUAUUGUCCUCCAGGGCUUGGAAGUGGCGCGCCUGCACAAAGCACUUCGACUCGGGCGCACGGAAGGGCCAGGCGGCCACGUUGCCACGUUGCCGUAUGUCGGCUAGGAGAUGUGGGCGUGUGGCUGUUGGCUGUGAUGUAAACGUCACGCUUCGAUUUAAUUGCGGAUACGUA